GCCACGCGUAGAUUAUAGGAAGUAGUUUGAAUUUACACGAAGUAAACACAGCAGGGACAAAUGCUGCUCAGUGUCCAGCGACAUUUCAAAGAAUGGGCGUGAAGGGUCUACAGUACUUCAUUGACCGCUGCUGUCCAGAAGCCUGUGUGACAGUGAACCUGAGAGAGAUGGCCAGACAGCAGCAGGCCUCCACAACCGCACCUCACACCAGCAACCCCACACUUGUUGUGGAUGGUAUGGCCUGCUUGCGCCACUGGUAUUCAUGUAAGGACUGGGCAUGUGGGGGCCAGUGGAGGGAGUACUUGGAUAUCCUAAAGAGAUGGGUUGAGGCAUUUACGUCUGCAGGCAUCCGACUGGUCUUUUUCUUUGAUGGAGUAGUGGAGGAGCAGAAGAGGCAAGAGUGGGUGAAGAGGAGACGCAGAGUGAACGGGGAGAUUUCAAAGAUAUUUCGUCACAUAAAAGAGCAUGGAGAUCAGCCGGGUAGAGAGCUUUUUUGUCUGCCCUCAGGUUUGGCGACAUUCACACCCUUUGCUCUCAGGUCAUUAGGUCAGGAAGUGUUUUGCUCAGUGCGGGAGGCAGACUAUGAGAUUGCCAGCUAUGCUCGCCAACAUGGCAGCGUGGGUAUUCUGGGAGAGGAUUCAGACUUCAUCAUAUAUGACAGUGCCCCUUAUUUGUCUGUGGCAAAGCUGCGGAUAAACAGCCUCACCACUGUCAUGUACGACCGACAGAGGCUCUGCCAAACCAUUGGACUGGCUGUUACCCAGCUACCACUGCUGGCCUGUCUCCUGGGUAAUGAUGUGGUGUCAGAGGAGAAGAUGCGUGAUGUCAGGAACAAUGCGAUGGCAGCUUACAGGAAAAACAGUCCCGCACCACAUUAUGGUGCUCCGCAGGGGCAGGUGGUGCUAGCAGUGUCCCAGCUUGUGAGCUCUCUGUGGAGUACAGAGGACGAGGAAACUGAACUGGUCCCACAGUCUCUGAAUCUCUCGGCUCCUCGUAGAGAGCUACUGAAGAAAGGCGUUUGCUUAUACACACUACCUGGACAGAAACGUCCCGAGCUGUGUGAAAUCUCCUCACUUCCCUCUGCUUUUGAAAAAUAUGUUAGUCCAGAAAUUCUAAAGGCAUGUAGAGAGAAGCAUGCAGCAGCAGAGGGUUUCAUGGUUUACACUGUCUUGUGUGUGGGUGUCACUGAGUGUAGCAACACUCUGGAGGAUGAGGAGGACACCGAGUUAGUGCCUCAGGCCCUCGUCUACAAGCCCUGCAGACAACUCAUCUAUGGUCUCCUCCUUCUGCUUGGUCACAGUGGAAGGAUUGUGGACCCUCCAGCAAUCAGGGAAUGGUUUGUCUUCCCCAGAAACCCUUUGAAGGAACCUGAUAUAGUCCACCCUCUCCCAGUCAGCCUGCCAUGUGAUCAACCCAGUCUGGACUUGUUAUGGUUUAGCACAGGUCCUGACGUGGCUGCUCUUCGCCUGACAGCCUUCCUCACAAUUUUUGGCUGUCCUGAGUUUUCGGAGCUGCAUGGAGUUAUUGAAGACUCUCUCCUGGCUGCUCUCUGCCUGGUCACAUAUUUAGUCCUACAGGUACAAACUUUAUCUCUAGAAGACGUGGAUUCCUACCUGAGUCAAGCUGUGUGUCUGAGACUGAAAUCCUCUCAGGAGCUUCAACAGAUCGAGCUGCCUUUGUUUUCGAGUCGUGCGGUGCAGUUGGGAUCUCUGUACGUCCGAGGGCUGAGCCACCUGCUGGGUGCUAACUGUGCCAGCGGCUGCCCGCUGCCCAGCGCUGCUCUAAUGCCCUGGCACAGCUUCGAUGGACGGCUGUUCCACUCAAAGUACCUGCUGGCACACAGCGGCACAGAGAAAACUGAGCUGCUGGACCACGAUUCGUCCAUCCUGUCUCUGUUCCUCCAGUUAAGGGAGAAACUUACAGAAACUUGCAACAAGAGAGGCAGAGUCCUGCAGUCCAGACCCAACGCACCACAGUCACGUCCUAAAACCACAACACAAUCCGGAUACAGAGACAGACACUCAGGUUGGGCUCCCAGUGGUGGUACGUGUUGGAGGGAAAGAGAGGAGACGACGGGUGGCCAUUGGCGUGGACGGGGACGGAGAGGGCGAGAGGAAGAAACAGAAGCUCGAAGAGAAUAUGAAAACACAGACGGGCCAUGGGCGAGAGGAGGACACAGAGAAGGAGGUCGUCAUUUUCACUCAUUUUAUCCUGACGACCACGAUCGAGGAAAUCAGAACACAAGACGCCCUCCGAAGCCCAGAGGUCGAGCGUAUAACAACAGAGGGAAAUACCAGCUAGCUCCGAGAUGGCCGCAACCUCCAGCUCCAGGAACGUAACUCGACAAGGAUUAGAGGGGAGGACUUUGGCAGUUAAGAGGAUGGGAAAGACACGGUGAAAGAAGAGGAGGAAUCUAAUUUCUCUGAACAAACUGCUUAGUGAAUGAGCUGUCAGGAGUAUUUGUCCAAAGGAUGCAGGAGGUAAAUGAAAGGGGAUUUAGAGAGGGAGGAAUGAAGAGGUUUGGAAUGUGUCUGACGUUUCAUUUGUCAGUUUCAUCCGUCACCAGCCUCCGCUUAAUCUCAGGAAAACCUGUUUUACUAUUACACAAAAUGAACAGCAUGAAGCCAUCAAACAAGCAGUAAAUGAGACGCUUCCAUCUUACAUCUGAGAGGUGGAUUAACAGGUAACCCUUGAGGCUGUUUUCAUGUCUUAUCUCAAACAAUAAAAAGGCGAAGAUCUUAAAAGCUGUUUGUGUACAGUGCCUUAAUCCUUUCAAAGGAAUGGGAUUAACUAGAGAAACAGUAAUACUGGUAUCAAAUAUCAAAUGAGAUGGGACAUCAGUGGCACACGGCUUCAUACAGUUCAGUAAUGGGAUACCAUAGGUGAGGUGUGAGAAACAAAGCGAGGCCACUGGAGUGGCUGUUUUUAAGACACGUACUGCUGUUGGUUUGCUCUAAUGGUUAUUAAUGGAGAAAUAUGGAAAACUCUUGGAGAAGCUUUCAGAAAGUGGGUUGUAGCAAAGCAAAGGUCUUGACAGUCGUGUGAUUCUUUAAUCAGAUUUAAAUUUCUCUUAAUGCCAGCACGGUUUUCCAGUUUUAGACCUUGUGUAUGUAGGAUUUAACAAAUGACCUGUGAACAUGAACAUGCAAUUUGUUCUAAAGAUCUCAGGGCUGCUGGUGCUCCUCUGAGACAUCACUGCACUGUGGUGAAGCUGACCUCUCAGGGCUUAUUUGCACCACUUAGAAACAGCUUAAAGUAUUUUCCCACUCAGUGAGAAUACCAUCAUCAGUACUGAGUGUGUGCAGAUCAAAUUGCUGUUGCAUCUGUGUGUGUGUGUGUGUCUGUGUGUGUGAAGUUGUUGAGGAAUGUAUAGUCAGCUUGCCCACCUUCCUGUAGGACCAUAAUUGUUGUAAAACCCAGCAGAGAGGAAAAGGAUGCAGAGAAAGUUCCCCAGGCCUGAGUGCUCUCAUUCCUGUGUGUGUGCAUUCAUGUGCUCAUAAGCAGAUCAUAAAAGAAGCGUGAUGUUACUCAGUAAAUGGAAACAAAUAGAAGGAAAUCGAAGUAUAGAUACACAAGCUCAAUCCAUUUCGUAUUCAGAUUACUACUGUGAACAGUGUGUUUUAAGGAAACCGACUGACGGUAAUAAAGGUGCGAUAAAUUGUGCUACCUUGUUUUAAAGCCUAUGGGACAUAUGGGUCAAAGAUUAUGUGUACAUACACAAGAAACCUUAGUCAAGAUUUCAAAACCUUUGGGUCUUGCAUGUGGGCUAGAUCGGAGAUGUCAAACACAAGGCCCGGGAGCCAGAACUGGCCCAGCACAGAGAUCAAUCUGGACUGAACAAUAUAAAUCUUGUGAAUUUAACUUUAUUUUAGUAGGUUUUACAUCUUUUCCUCCCUCAUGGCCAACUUUCACUACACCAAAGAAAUUAAGUAAUAGAUAAACAAUUAAAUGACAGAACAAAACCU